AUGAAAUUGGCAAUUUUAUUAAUAUUUAUUUUAUUGACAAAAUUUUUGGAUUCGAAAAAACGAAACAAAACAUCAGAAAAUGUUCGUGAAAAUAUUCCGCCAACAUUAGCCAAAAAUGAAGACAAUACAAUUGAAGAUGUCGAUGAAGAUAAAAUUGAUGAAAUUUUGCGCGAUGCGACGAAAAAUCUUGUUAUUUUCUUCUACGACGGUCGCGUGAAAUGUCCAGGUUGUGGCGAUGCAUUAAAUGAAGUUGAAAAAAUCGACGAUGAUAUUGAAGCGACCGGAUAUAUUCAGGUUGUUAAAACAGACGAUCGUAGUGUAGCUCGUGAGCUUGGCGUUGCCACAUUCCCGUCGCUUAUCUAUUUCAGGAGGAAACAUCCUAUUACUUACGAUGGAGACUUCAAGGAUUCUGAGGUAAUUUUACGAUGGCUUCGAUCACACGAUGAAGUUGUCACCUGGGAUUUGACGGACGAUAAUUUUGAAGAUAAAACGAGCAGCUAUUCACCAGAUGAAGGCUCACUGGAUUGGUUUGUCAUGUUCGAUGCUGAUUGCAAUGCGUUUAUUUCAUCAUGGGAAACUGUGGCUCACAGAUUACGUGGGCUUGUACACGUUGGUAAACUAGAUACGUCCGUGAAUGACGAUGUCGCUGAACGAUUUCGACUUGAUGAUGAUCAGUGCCCGAUCUACCUUCUAUUGCAUCGCGGCAAAAUUUAUCGUUAUAAGGAUGCAGCGAAAGAUAUCAAGAGCUUAACUGCAUUUGCGAUGAGGAAAUUCAAGGAUCAACGGGGCCAUCGAGUUCCUGAACCACCCACUGCACUUGAGCAUUUUUAUGAGCAUAUUAAAGAGCGGAUUUUGGAUAUAAUGGAUGAUAGUCAAACGUUGUCAGUGAUUGGCGUCGGUGGCCUUAUUGUCAUUGUUACAAUUACUUUAGUGUUAAGUAAGAAGCAACAACAACAAAAUAUCGAUAAAGUAAAAGCAAGUUGA